CAUUUUAUUUGUGGUUCACAUACGUCGUAUUAUCUAUAACAGUGCAGUAAAACAAUACUUUAGAAUGGUUUCCAAAGUAUGAUAAGGAAUGUGGAGAAAAUCUGAAAAUAAUUCAUGUCUCAGGGGAGGGGGAGGCGUGCCAGUAUGCCCCCCUCCCUUCUCCCUAGGAUCCACCAGUGGUGUCUACUCGUGCGUGGCCACGUGCCACAGGUAGGUUCCAGAUCGCGCUUUUUUUUUUUAAUCCGUUCCGUCGGCGUGGUGCGGGAUUCGGGAAGAUAAACAGCAUAAUCUCUAAAUUUAACCGGACAUUAUUUCUGUCGGAGCGAGCGCAGGCGCGGCUCUUCUGACGCCAGUCACAUGUGUCGCGUCCCGACGGGCGGUCGUCGGACGAUGGCGCUGGGCGUCGGGCGUUGUCUGCGCCGCGCGUGGGUUCUGCUGGGAGUCGUGGCUGCAGCGGCGGGGCUGCAGUGCUACGAGUCGGCGUGUCUGCGCCGGGACCUCGCCGACUGCCUGGAGGACGGCCGCGCAGUGCUGAGGGACUGCGAGGUGGCGACCUUCGUCUCCCUGCUGCGCGCCAUCCGCGCUCCCCUGCUCGACAAGUCCAUAGAGUACAGCAUGACGUGCGGCAAGCUGGGCUGGGAAGGUGACGACCUCGCCCACCGAGCGGCGGUCCUGCGGAUGUGCCUCCCGGACGUGCAGGACCUGUGCGAGCGCCUGCAGAACUUCACGGUGCGCCGGUGGACGCAUGUGUACCGCCGCCGGCCCCUCGUCGAGUACGGCUGCCACUUCUGCGACACGGACGGCUGCAACUCCGCCACGGCGGGGAGGGCGCUCCUCGCGCUGGCGCCGCUCGCCGCCGCGGGCCUGCUCCUGGCGCUCCGCUGAGCGCCGUGCCGGCACGAGGGAACCUCUCAGCAGCCUGGCUUGCAGGCGUUCAGAUGGAGUCCCUGACUUACGCAAGCACGCUCGGUGCCGCCCCACCUCCGAGCGCCGACACCGGAGCAGCCGGACUUACAACGAGCGCGCCAGAAUGAGAAGAUGCCACGCCUCUCGCCCUAAAUGACACUUAGGUUUACUUUCUCAGGGCAAACAUCCUGAUCCAUGACUAGAUUUUUUUCCCAAUAAA